GGAAGCUUUUGAAAAUUGAAACACCCGCGUUUUGCCUGUGCUGUAUGUUGUUGUGUUUGAAGGCGCUUGUAACUACGACUCUGUGACUACCUGGCAACCCUAUCACACGUGGAGCAGCUGUCAAGGAACCGGUUUCAUUCAGCUCGAACUUCUCAAGAACAUUUAAAAAUGAGGUUUUGUAAGGGAACAUCAGAUAAGAGUGGCCUUGUGGCUGUUAUCUUUUUCUUGUUGGGAAUGGGAACUCUGCUUCCAUGGAACUUCUUCAUAACUGCAAUGAAUUAUUUCACUGACCGUUUGAAAAACGAUACAAAUUCUACACAGCCUGACACUUACAUGUUUGGUAACAAGAGUGUGCUGUUAGCCCAGCUUCCUUUGCUGCUAUUCACACUUCUCAACUCCUUUCUAUACCAGCACAUUGCAGAAAAAAUGCGGAUUGCUGGCAGCAUGGUCUUCAUAUUACUUCUCUUCAUUCUCACGGCCAUUUUAGUGAAAGUUAAAAUGGACCAGGACCACUUCUUUUCCAUUACAAUGGCGACAAUCUGGUUUAUUAACAUGUUUGGGGCUGUGCUGCAAGGUAGUCUGUUCGGUCUGGUCGGUAAGAUGCCUCCGAGAUUCAGCUCCCUGUUCAUGAGUGGGCAGGCAGUGGCAGGAAUCUUCUCUGGUAUUGCCAUGCUGUUAUCAAAUAUCUAUGAAACCGACUCAGAGAGUUCUGCCCUGGGAUAUUUCAUAACCCCCUGUGUUGCCACUCUACUUACUUUAUGCUGUUACCUCAUACUUCCGCAUCUGAGAUUUGCCCAACUUCAUUUGGAAAAUGUGUCCACUAAAACUACACUGAAAGAGCCAUCAGCAAAUAGUUCUGAGAUUGGUGAAGUGAAGUUGAAUCGUUUUGAUGACAUUGGUGAAACUGAAGCAUGUGAAAAGCUGAAUGAGCUCAAACAGGAGGAGAAGUCAACUGUGCCACAGGUUUUCAAAAAGAUUUGGGUGAUGGCUUUAUGUGUGACAUGCGUGUUUGCCGUCACACUGUCCGUUUUCCCAGCAAUUACUAUUAAUACAAAACCUUCUGGCCUAUUUGAAGGGAAAGAGAACAUCUUUAUACCAUUGUGUUCAUUCAUUGUCUUCAGUGUGAUGGACUGGGUUGGCAGAAGCCUCCCUUCUCGUCUUCAGUGGCCUUCAAUGAAGAGUCAUUUAUUCCCUCUUUUUGUGGUUUUGAGGGUAGUUUUUAUUCCUGCCCUCAUGCUCUGCAACGUUCAGCCUCGUUUCUCCCUCCCAGUCUUUUUCAAGCAUGACAUGGCUUAUAUCAUCAUCAUGUCUUUGUUUGCCAUGACCAAUGGAUAUUUUGCCUGCCUCUCCAUGAGCUAUGCUCCACAGCUGGUGAGGCCUAAAGAUGCAGAGACAGCAGGGGCUCUGAUGACCUUCUUCCUGGCUUUGGGACUCUCUUUGGGUGCCGCUCUCUCUUUUGGCCUAAAAAUGCUUCUUUAGGGAAGAUCCCACAAUCGCACAAUACUUUUGCUUUAUAGCACUUUGUAGUCAUCUCAUGAAGAAAAAAUCAGAAACAAAUUUAGCCUUAAACUUCUCUCUUAACCUUGUUUUAUUUGUGUCUGUAUUUUAACGUUUUCAUAGGGUGUUUUUAAAGGGAAGUCUUUUUAUAUUUAAAAUGUUUCAUGAUUUUGUUUUUUUCAAUUGGAAUUAUUAUUGUUAUUUUUUUUUACAUUAAAUGGUUGUUUUUAUAUUAGUUUUUUAUAUUGUAAAUUAUUUUUUAUGAUUUUUUUAUUUGGUAUUUGUAGGUGGAUCUAUUUAUCUUUUAGAUGUUUUAUGCUUUUUUGUGUGUUU